UCUCGUACCUCUCGUAGAGGGAGGAAAGCCAUGCGCAUACGCGCAAUUGGUACUCGCGCACGUGCUCUCUCGCUGGCAGAUUGAUCCCGAAUGUGCGACGCUGUUUGUGUCUCUCGCACACAUAGUACACUCGUGCCGAUCCAGUGUAUAAACAUGCGUGCUUCUCUGUGUGUCGCGAUUCACCUGUUGUAAUACCUGCUAGGAUCCAUUAAGGCGUCGCUUCUUUCUCAUUUUCGCAAGGACAAUUAUAACCGUAUUCCAUAAUGGAGUCGCACGAGGCAGUGUCCUUAAGGAUCUUAUUAGCUAACAGCUAUGCAAAGACGAAGUAGAUUGCAAGCAGAACCGGAUUUAAGUGUGCGAGGAAAGGGGGACGGAAACAGGGGACGAAAAGAGAUCGCUUAUACAGUAGCCUAAAUAGAUCGAGCAAAGGAAAUGGAACGAAGGAAUAGGAAGGCAGAAAUGAGCGGAGAGGGAGACGAGACUGAAAAGUCGCGGAAAGCGGUGGGAGAUCAUAUCGAAUCUAUCUGAUUAUUCCGUACACGGCACUGUGUCGCGUCACACGUGAUUUCGCGUUUCCUAAAAUAUGCAAUGUGCUGCUACUUGCCGGUAAUCUUUAACCUGUUUCAUCUACUCUUACAUCUUUGAAGCUCCGCUGACAGCUUCUGUAAAGAACGUCCGAGGGGUUUGGAAGAAGCAAACAUAAACGAGUGAUCGACGAAGACGUAUCGGGGUGUCAACUAUAAGACAGGACGGCAGGAUUCGUCUGAAGAAACAUGUACGGGUUAAUCUUAGAGAACCUGGCCGAAUACAUACGGCAGGUUUACGGCGAAGACAGAUGGGAGGAAAUACGCAGGCAGGCGUCCGUAGAUCAGCCAAGCUUCAGCGUUCACCAAGUUUAUCCGGAAAACCUGAUACCGAGAUUAGCGAAGAAAGCGAUUCAAGUGCUCGGCGUGACGGAAAAAGAGUUCUUCGACCAAAUGGGCGUGCACUUUGUAGGAUUCGUCGGCCAGUACGGUUACGAUCGCGUACUCUCGGUACUCGGACGGCACGUGAGGGACUUCCUCAACGGCCUGGACAAUCUUCACGAGUACUUGAAGUUUUCUUAUCCGAGAAUGCGCGCGCCUUCGUUCAUCUGCGAAAACGAGACUCGCCAAGGUUUGACUCUUCAUUAUCGAAGCAAACGCCGGGGCUUCGUCUACUAUACGAUGGGCCAGAUAAGAGAAGUGGCCCGGCAUUUCUAUCACAAGGAACUGCAGAUCGAGCUGGUGCGUGAAGAAGUGCUGUUCGACACCGUGCAUGUAACCUUCCAGCUCACCUUCGAUAAUCGCGCCUUCACGCUCGCCUCGCUCGCGAUGACUCGCGAGGAGAAGCAUCUGCCGAUCGGCGCGUGUGUACUCUUCGAGAUAUUUCCCUUCUGCAUCGUUUUCGGCUCGGAUAUGGUGGUUAGAAGUAUCGGAAAUUCAUUAAUGGUCAUAUUGCCGGAUUUAGUUGGCAAGAAGAUCACGUACUUCUUCGAUCUGGUUCGACCACUUAUCGCGUUCAAAUUUCAAUCGAUAUUGAACCGAACAAAUAAUAUUUUCGAGUUGGUCACUGUCGAGCCAGUGCUUACGGAACGACUGAAUGAUCGGCACAGGAACGAAAUUCUCUUGAGCGAUGAGCUUGAAACCAUAGAAGAUAAGACUUUACGGUUGAAAGGUCAAAUGAUAUACAUGGACAAUUGGAAAAUGAUGAUGUAUCUCGGUACACCGGUUAUGCCCGAUCUGAAUGCUUUAAUAGCAACAGGCCUUUAUAUAAACGAUCUCUCAAUGCACGAUUUUAGCCGAGAUCUGAUGCUCGCUGGAACUCAACAGUCCGUGGAGUUGAAAUUGGCAUUAGAUCAAGAACAGCUGAAGAGUAAAAAGUUAGAGGAGUCCAUGAGAAAACUGGACGAAGAGAUGAAGCGUACAGACGAAUUAUUAUAUCAGAUGAUUCCUAAACAAGUCGCAGACCGCUUGAGAAACGGUGAAAGUCCGAUUGACACUUGCGAGAUGUUCGACAGCGUAUCGAUCCUGUUUUCGGAUGUGGUGACUUUCACCGAAAUCUGUAGUAGAAUCUCGCCGAUGGAAGUCGUAUCUAUGUUAAACGCUAUGUAUUCCUUGUUUGAUACUUUGACUGAGAGGAAUCGAGUGUACAAGGUCGAAACUAUCGGCGACGCUUACAUGGUAGUUUCUGGUGCACCAGUGAAGGAAAACGAUCAUGCUGAUCGCGUGUGCGACAUGGCUCUCGAUAUGGUCGAAGCUAUAACUGAUCUCAAAGAUCGCUCGACGGGCAAUCAUCUGCAGAUACGCGUCGGUGUUCACAGCGGCGCGGUCGUGGCUGGUAUCGUUGGCUUGAAGAUGCCACGAUACUGUCUGUUUGGCGAUUCCGUCAAUACAGCAGCUCGCAUGGAAGCGACAAGCCAGGCCAUGCAGAUACACAUAUCUCAAUCUACCCAAGAGCUGCUGUCGCCCUCGUACAAGGUCAAAGAGCGAGGAGAAAUCGAAGUUAAAGGAAAGGGCACGAUGAAGACUUACUGGCUGGAAAAGCGGGAACGACGUUCCGUCACGACCAAAGGGAUCACUAUACAGGAGCCUCCUCAAUGGCACACGAGAAACUUCGAGAAAAGAAUUUCCUCGGUGGGCGGGGUAGGUUUAAUCAAUACAGGCAUGUUCGACAAACUGAUGUCGGGGGAUCCGCCGUCGAGACGAGGCUCGUCGAAGAUGUCAUCUCCGACGCCACCGGGAUCGUCGGGCUUUUUCUCCGAGGAGAGAAGAAUAUAUUCCCCCAUCACCUUCCAGGACGUUGCGCGACGAUCGGUCGCGAAUUCGCCGACGAAAAACGUGGGAGUGCGAGAGUGCCGAUCGAAUUCUAUGAGUGCGGUGGGCAUUAGAAACGCGGAUAUGUUCAAUUCUCUUUUGAGCGACACAGAGGAGCACUUCCGGCAGCAUCGGGAUAGCUUGUCGCCGCGAGCGGAAAAUCAGUCGGCUGGCGUGCACGUGAAGCCGGAAGUGAAAAUCAACGCCACCUCGUCCUCGUCCUCGCAGAGCUCCGAGGACGAGUCGAGCCCCUCGCUGGAUUUGUCGCAGACGCGAAAAGACAACGCAGAAGUGACAACGGGCAAUAAUAACGAGAGCGCGGCGAUUAGUAGCGAUCUCAGCAAUUCGCAGUUGCUUAUGCAACAGGAUCAGUGCUGUCCGGGAUUCACAAUGCCAAAGAGCAGCAAGAUACGCCAUCAAGGAAACAACUGCGUUAUUUUCUAAUAGCAGAACUUUUGUGGGUUCAUCGAUAAAAUACUCGAAAUAUCACUGGCUGAGAAUCAAGUUGUCCUAUGUCGCAAAUUUGCCGUUUUUUUAGAUUUUUAUGCUAGAUCACGCUAUGUUCCCUGAUUCGUUAAUAUUCGUCUUAUUUCUAUAAUUUAAAAAGUAAACAUUUGCGUUCAAGAAAAAUUAAUCAUUUAAACGCUCUAUUAUAAAAAAAUAUAGUAGAUGCCGAACGUAUAAAAUGCAAACAACGUUAUUUAAGCAACGCAACAUUAUAAUUAAAAAAUACAAAAAUAUUCCUUGAAAUAUGUUUAUUCCUUACGGAAUAUAUUUUCUUCGAUAAAUUUUGAAGUAAGUUUCGAAAUAAAAUUACGUGGUUUUUAUCCAAAAAAGUCGUCUUUUCCAAAAAGAAGUACAAAAGAGC